AUGGCUCCCUCUGUCGACAAUCUGUCAGCUCUCUACAACGCUACAAAGAAGUCAUAUCGCAUUGGCGUAGACGUUGGUGGAACGAACAGCGAUGCUGUACUGGUAUGCGACGCUGAAAAGUCGUCGCCGAACUGUGGUGUCGUUGCUCACUACAAGACGGCAACCACGGUGGAUGUCACAGACGGCAUUGAAGUAGCCAUCUCGCAAGUCUUGAAGUCAAGCAACGUUGACCCGUCGCAGAUCGCCGUUGUUGUAAUUGGCACCACACACUUCAUCAACGCAGUGGUCGAACAGGAUCAAGGCAGGCUUGAUAGUGUCGCUGUGAUCAGGCUGUCGGCUCACUUUACGCGCAGUACUCCUCCAUUCUCGGAUUUCCCGCCUGCGCUCAAGCAAAUCAUGUGUGGCUACUACGCUUUCUGCGCCGGAGGCUGCAAUAUUGACGGCGAUGAGAUUGCAUCAAUCUGCCCAGACGAGCUCAGAGCAGAAGCCCGUAAGAUCCGAGACAUGGGACUGAGGACUGUUGUCUUGACUGGCGUCUACUCGCCGAUUGACGAAACAUUUCUCCAGGAAGAGAAUGCGCGCGAGAUAAUGUCGCAAGAGGUCCCUGAACUCGUCAUUGUUUGCUCGCGUGAUAUUGCAAACGUCGGCCUCCUCGAGCGGGAGAAUGCUGCCAUUCUCAAUGCCUCCAUCUUGAGAUUCGCUCAAAGGACCAUUCGUGGUUUCAAAGCUGUGCUCAAGCGACUGGAUCUUUCGUGCGGUCUGUACCUCACUCAAAAUGACGGUACUAUCGUCUCUGGCACGAUUGCAGCCAAGCUUCCCAUCAAGACAUUCUCAUCAGGUGCCACCAAUUCAAUGCGCGGUGCUGCCUAUCUCUCAAGGGAAGCGCGCUCCGGCAAGGAUGGCAACUGCAAAAUGAUCGUUGUCGACAUCGGCGGCACCACUGCAGAUGUUGGCAUGCUCCUCCCCUCUGGCUUUCCGAGGCAAGCGAGUGCCUUUGUUUCCAUUGAAGGCGUGCGCAUCAAUUACUCUAUGCCUCAUGUCACCUCGAUUGGCUUGGGCGGAGGCAGUAUUGUUAGAAGCACCAAAAACGGCGUUACGGUUGGCCCUGAUUCAGUAGGAUACAAGCUCUCUACUGAAGCGCUUGUCUUUGGCGGCGGUACCCAGACUGCAAGUGAUAUUGCAGUUCGAAACGGGAAUGCAAAGAUGGGCAGCAUCGACCUAGUGCAAGGCAUCUCACUUGACUUUACAACAGCAGCACAGGAAAAGGUCUGUGAGAUGCUUACCAAUGUCGUUGAUUUGAUGAAGACUUCUCCAGAGCCCAUUCCUGUGCUGCUCGUCGGCGGUGGCAGCAUCAUUGCACCAGACUCACUUCCUGGCGCUAGCGUCGUCAUCCGCCCGCCAUUUCACGAUGUCGCCAAUGCAGUAGGUGCGUCCAUCGCAAGAGUGUCUGGUACAGUGGACUGCAUCGAGGAUCUCGCAGACAGAUCACUCCAGGAUGUCAUCGCACGCUGUACAGCAAAAGCCAAACAGCGAGCCAUCGAAGCCGGCGCCGACGAGCAUACCAUCUCCGUUGCAGAGCUCGACACCAUUCCCAUCCAGUAUACUGCCAAUCGAAUCCGCGUCAUCGUCAAAUGCGUGGGUGAUUUGGACAUUACCAACCUCUCCAGGACUGUGCAGGACGACUCUGACGAUCUUGAAGACUUCACACCUGCCAGGCCAACAGCCAAGGCUUCUUCCAACACUAGAGAACUUGAUGUUGACAUGGACACAUAUAAGCCAACCAUCAACAAGAAUCGCGAAUGGGUGGUUUCUGAGAUUGACCUGAAGCUCAUGUCCAUGGGCUGCUAUGUCCUUGGCUGCGCCGGUGGAGGGUCACCCUAUCCCGAAUAUCUUCAGCUACGCGACAUGCUCCGCGCUGGCCAUGUAUUGCGCAUUGCAGAGGUCGAAGCUUUCAAAGAUUGCGAGACCGUGCUGUGGGGCGGCCACAUGGGAUCCCCUGCAGUCUCUGUUGAACGUCUUGGAGCCGAAGAAGUCGUGGAUGCUAUGCGCGAGCUGCUCGAUUACACGCGAACGCCAUCCUACAGUGCCGUCAUGUCGCUUGAGAUUGGUGGUGGAAAUGGCCUACAGCCUCUCAUCAUGGGCUCUAGCAAGUUCUUUGAUCGCCCUUGCCUUGAUGCGGACUGGAUGGGACGUGCCUAUCCGACUUAUUGGCAGACAACGAUUUGCGUGUACGAAAGGGAUAGCCUUGUGCCGGCUGCGAUUGCUUCUGGUGAUGGCAAAAACAUGAUCAUGACCAAGGCCAGCAAUGAUCGUAUCGUCGACACAGCACUGCGCGCAGCCUGUACUGAGAUGGGCUCCAGAGUUGGAAUGGCGGUAAAGCCUACUACGGUUGAUCGCGUCCGCAAAUAUGCCGUCCUCAACACAAUGUCGCUUGCGUGGCGCAUUGGACGUGCCAUCUAUGUUUGUCAGCGCAAAGCACAAGUGAUGCAAGUCGCAGACCGCAUCAUUGACCAGGUGGGUGGGCCAACAACAGCCAAGAAGCUCUUUGCUGGCAAAAUUGUUGAAGUGGAGUCAAAGGUGUCCAAAGGCCAUUCUUACGGCAGCAUCACCAUUGAGCCGCUCUCAAAGGACGCAGACGAAGGAGCAGCCCCUUGCUUCAAGACGGACGGUCUCUUGAGAAUCCCUUUCAAAAACGAAAACAUCCUGGCAGAGUGGGAGUCGCCAGCUGGCGUGCGUGAAAUCAUUGCAUCUGUUCCAGACCUCGUCUGCGUACUCGACAGUCAAAGCGGUGAGAAUCUUGGCGUUCCAGAGUUCCGCUAUGGCCUGCGUGUCACAGUGCUGGGCAUCACUGCUUCGCCGCGAUGGACAGACACCCCUGCUGGCCUAGAGCUUGGUGGGCCGCAAGCAUUCGGCUACGACUUUGAGUACAAGCCACUCGGUGUCUAUGUGGAGCCAAAGUCUGUUAUUGCAGAGGCGAGCGAUUUUGGCCAAGGGGCAAACCUGCUUGGCAAUCCAAGUUAUGGCUAUCGCCAGGGUGGUCUACCCAAUAUGCCAGAGUACCCUAUCGCUAUGAAUGAUCUCAAGAAGCCCAAAUUUGCAGUUAUUGGAGAUGAUGGCUCUGUCACUACUGAUUCUCCGAAAGCUGAACAGCCAGAAGCCUCUUCCCGGCAUACUUCUCAAGCAGUAGAACGACCCACAUUGCCUGCAGUAGCCAUCUUAGAUGAUAAAGAGAGCGAAGCUGGCGGAUGGGCGUCUGCUGAGACCCAUCGGCCGCAUCAGGAUCAACAAUUGCCUAGGUUUGGUGGGCAACCACCCAGCGGGUUCCAGCGUCCCAAUACUGUUUCAGCGGCACAGUUGUCUAUGCCAGGCCAGCAACAGUAUGGAUCUGAUCCCUUUGCUAGGCAACCGCGCUUCGCGAGGCCCCCUCCAGGUAGCUACGACAAUCAACCGCCACGUCGGCUUCCGGAGCCUCCAAGGCAGCAACUUCAACAGCCUUACCAGCAGCAACAGCAGCAAUCACAAUCCAACUACAGUGUACCAAACUCUGGUGGGCGGCCUCAACCAGGGGCUUCAGACAGGAAUGUUCAGCAGAGGCCGCGAUGGCAAGAAACGCAGGAUCGCUCGACCCCCUUCAGUCAAAGACCGCCGCCGCUCGUGGCCCCGCAGCCUCGUGCUCCCGUGCCAGACUGGCGCCAAGUUGGAGAACGGUUCCCUGAGGAGUCUGUUCGAACUGACACGCCAGAUCACACGACCCUCCCACCUUACCCUGCUAGUUCACCAGGCCGGAGCCGAAACGAUAGCCCUGACAUUUUGAGCGACAUAUACGGUCAAUACAAUGAUCAGCCAGCAUCUGGCCGCUUCAGAUGA